AACUGUCCUCAUCUGAAACUAAUCAGAGCUUGUUGGCUGUAAGUUUGGUGCACUGAUUCUGUGAAAGAAAUUUGGGAGCAAAACCAGAGCAGACUCUUGAAACACGGCUUAAUUGUCCUGCAUCCUUUUUUAAAAGCUCCUUAUUUUGUUUGCCAAGGGUUGUUCCUCCAUAAUUAUGCCAUCUCCUCUUCCUCAUAAUCGUCUUCUUCAUCUACAAUUUUCUUCAUCUGUGAAUGCACGGCCCUGCAGUAGUCCCUUGUUGUUUCCAGACAAAGCUGAAAAGUUUUUUUGCGCCGAAGGUGUUUCGCCCAGGGUUCGCCGACUACCGACUCGCCUAGCUUGGUGUUCAAUAGACUGGGAUCAGUUGUGUUUACUACACCCCCUGGGAUCAGGUGGCUUUGGUUCAGUCUACAAGGCUAUUUAUCAUGGAACUACAGUGGCAGUAAAGCAGGUGAAGAAAAGCAGUAAGAACAGUUUGGCAUCACGGCAGAGUUUCUGGGCAGAAUUAAAUGUGGCACAUCUUGACCAUAAUAAUGUGGUACGUUUAGUAGCUGCUAGCACAUGUGCCCCUGCCAGUCAGGACACUUUGGGCACCAUAAUAAUGGAAUAUGUAGGUAACAGUACUCUGCACCAUGUUAUCUAUGGGACUGACUGCAAGACAGAAAAAAGUAAGGACGAUGGGCUUGGAAGUGGCCAUGUAUCUUUGAGCAUAAGUGAGGCAUUAGGCUAUUCUUGUGACAUUGUAGCAGGUCUCAUCUUCCUUCAUUCGCAAACGAUUGUGCAUUUGGAUUUAAAACCUGCUAAUGUAUUCAUCACUGAACAAAAUAUUUGCAAACUUGGAGACUUUGGAUGCUCCCAAAAACUACAGGAUCUUGAAUCAUCAAGUCCACUACUUUCUCAACAAGGUGGGACAUACACCCACCGUGCUCCUGAACUCCUUAAAGGCUCCCUCUUCCAGGAUAUCUGUUGUGCAGAAGAGUUCUCUAGCAGAGGAUUCUGUAUUUCUCCAAACAGCAAGCCUCAGGAUUCUACAAGAUGGAUGGAGUCAUGUCAAUUAAAUUGUUAAAAAAUUGA